GGAAAUGGUAUUUUAUGACAGUGGCGGGAAAGCGAAAGUAGAAAAAAUAAUUUUCAGAAAAUCAGAAUACCGUCGCGAAAGGCAUAUGUCUAAGAUUACGAAACUGUCUAGACUUAAACUCUUUUUGAAGUGAUGUCACACCGACCAAGAGGUGGGGGUGGGCAAUAUCGACCCAGAAAAUUUAAUGACCAGGAAAGGCAACAAUACAGAAGAUGUAUGGACCUUGGCAUGCCUUAUCCCCCAGAUCCACAACAGGUGUAUGUGUUUAUCCAGACAUUGAAAAAAGAUGCUGAGUCAGCUCUCAACAACCAUCAUCUGGAGCAAGCUUUGUCCUUGUACACAACAGCUCUAAUGGGAUUUCAACUGUUUCCACGGAUACCACACAUAGCGGAAGAACACCACAAACUGUUGUGUAAUAGAUCCCUGGUGUUUCUGAGAAUGAGACGAUUUAAAGAGGCAGAGAGUGACGCUGUAGCCGCCAUAAACUCAUGCCCUAGUUUCGUAAAGGGAUACUGGAGGGCAUGCCAAGCCGUGAAAGGUGGAUACAAUGGUAUACAAAAAGCUAUGCCAUACCUUGUAAACGGUCUAAGAAAAGCCAUGCAUGGAGAGGGGAACCAGCAUGAUAUUGUUACCUUCCUGGCAGAAAUAUGUAUACUGGUUACCAGGGCACCACAGACUGAGGCUAUGGAGAAUUUACUGAUGGACGAGAUGGAGAUACCAGACGAGGAAGAUGAGGUAUGGACGAAAGUUGUUCACAAGUUGGCGAGUCAGAACCAGUGGGAGAGUAUUUCUUUGCUUCUUACAGGAUAUAAUGAGGGUGUUUCAUCAGAUCUGGAGAAUAUAGAGGUAUCAACAUGGAAGUGUGAUGAUCUGAAUAUAGGUGUGAUGUUGAAGUCUCUAACAGACACUAAGAUACAGGCCUGGGGAGAGGAUUUAGCCGUCGCACUGAUUGAUAUGGGAGCAUCUGUUGAAAAGAUUGGACAUCAGUUUGGCAUGCCUACACUUCUCUACGUAGUAAAGCUAUCCCUCCGGCUAGGUGUAACAGAACUUUUGAGUCAUAUUCUAAAGGAGUAUGAAAGAACACCAGAGAAGAAAGAUGAGGUGGACAAUGAUGGCAGUACUGCUCUACACGUUGUUGUUAAAUCAAAAAUGGCAAACCCAGAUCAUUCAAUGGUUGUACUAGAAUACCUGCUAGAUGCAAAAUGUGAUGCUUCUAUCACAGACAGAAAUAACAAGAAGCCAAUUGACUAUGUGAGGGAAGGAGAAAAAGCUCAUGAUCUCUUAAGGAAGGCAGCUAAACCAGUUGGGGAACUACGCAAGGACUUAGAAGUGUUCAAAUCUCAGGGAAAUGCAGCGUUAAAGUCAGGGAAACACCAAGAGGCCUUGAAAUUCUAUGAGAAGGCAAUAAAGAUCUCACAGCAGUCGAAGCAGCUUUACAAGGAGGCAGCUAUAGUGUACAGUAACAAAGCUAAUGUUCACUGCACAUUGAAAAAUUAUACAGAAGCACUUACUAACGCUUUGGCUGCUAUCUCUUGUGAUAGUGCAUACCAUAAGGGCCAUUGGUGGAAAGCAAAAGUACUGCUUUGUAUGGGUUCUACCCAUGAUGCCUUUGGUGCCUACAUGGAUGGUUACAUCAAGUCCGAAGUGUCGUCCGAUACCAAGUUCAGUUUCCUCAUGGAAGCUGUUACACUGCUCAAAAACAUUCCAGGUGAACAUUUUAUUAACUGUUAUAAUCAACUGCGAUUCUUAAGUCGUGACAUCUGGCCUCAGGUUUUGGGGCGUCUCAGUAGAAAUACUGAGUGGAAGUGUAUCGCAUACCUCAUUCUGGGACCAAACUUAGAGAAACAAAGAUUUGGAAAGAAAGUUACGUCUGACAGUAUUGAAGAAGUCUGCACAGGUGUGGCCAAUUUCAGUCCUACUGUAGAAGUGCAAACCAACACAGUAUUUCAGUACUUGGACAAAUGCGAUCCAAAGAAAGAGGGGCCUUGGUUGGAUGCUGUAUUGUUUGCCGUAUAUUACCACGGAAACGUUCAGACAUUGAAAUGUCUUGCGCAAGAUGAUAACGAUUGCCCUAUACAUGCUGCUGUUAGAUUCGCAUUAAAGACAGGAAGGACGUCUUUGAUUGAGGAAUUUCCAGGUAGAGAUCAAGACGCAGACAACCUAGGUGAAAAUGCUGAAGGGGAUUCUGUUUACCAUUGUAUCACUAAAUUGCGCCCGCCACCUGAAGCUAAGAUACUCAGUAAAGUUACGGAGAUCAUGAUGAAAAAAGGUUUAAGUGUGAUGGCCAGAGAUGCCAGUGGUAAAUUAGCUGUGGAAUACUUGGAUAACAAAUACCCUGGUUAUGUUUUUGAUAUAUUCUUCAAGGCAACCAAAAGUCAUACAGUAGAUGACAUAAACAAACUGAAAGAAGAGGGAAAUGCACAGUUUAAGUGUGGAAAUGUCCAAGAAGCCAUAGAGCUAUAUGGGAAAGCCAUCAACAUAUUCAAGUCCAGCAAAGCUCAAGCAGUGCAUGCAAAAGUAACGAACCAUGAGAUAGCAGUGCUGUAUGGUAACAGAGCGGAGGGAUUUCUGAAACUGAAGAUGUACCAGCAGGCUUUUGAGGAUGCCAUGGAAAGUGUAUCAUUUGAUGGCCAUUGGUACAAGGCCCAUAUCCGUGUUGGUAAAGCCCUAAAAGGUAUGAAGAAACUAGAGAGUGCAUUGAAAGCAUUUGUGAAUGCUUAUAAAGACGUAGAUGCUCAUGUGGAAGACACGGUGAAAGUUGAAAUCCUCAUUGAAUUAGCAACGGUGUGCUCAAAUAUACCGAAAAGUGUGUUGGAUGUAAAAAAGAGAAUUCAGGACAUCCCAGUUGGACAUGGACAUAUUUGGGCUCGGGCAUGUUAUGAACUUGUCAGCAAAGAUGACUGGGUAAAUGCAGCUGUGGCGCACCAUCAGUAUGUAGUCGGCAAUGCCAGGCGGCCUCAUCUUACAUUCACACUUAAACCAUUCUGUAACUUAACUAGACUCAGGGAACAUGUGUGGGGUGUGGAUAUGUUGCUGUACUUCCUGGAGUGUGGAUGUAACAGGAAGACUAUUACACUGGAGAACGGGGAUACAUAUCUGCAUGCUGUUGUUAGAAUGACACUUCUCGUGGCAAGGAAUCUAUCUCUUCUGCAAUACCUUACAAAGCAGUACUGUAAGUUGAAGGACAUCGACCAACAUAAAUUGGACAACAAUAACAACACUGUUCUACAUACAGCAGCUAGAGAACCUCGGGUGGACAAAAAUAGGAGAUAUGAUGUGAUCAUACUGUUGCUGAAAUGUCAAGUUGACCCAAACCAGAAAAAUCGGAACAAAGAUUUAGCGUUGGAGUAUCUGCCAGAGGAUGAAACUCAGAGUAGAGAGGCUCUAAGAAUGGCUAUGUAUAACAAAGAGAACAUUUCCAAGUUGCCAUCAUCUCUGCAGUCAAGUAAGGAAUUCAGUCAAUCCAAAAGCAAGCCUUUUUCUGAAGUUGGCCAGUCGUAUGUGUCCAACUCCCAGUCUAGUCAUAAGAAGGCAUGUGAUCAGUGUGAUGACCUUUACUCACAAGGGGUCAUCAAGUUUUCAGAGGGGGAGUUGAGAGAAGGGUAUGAGAAGCUGACAGAGUUGAUUAACCAGAAACACAAAGGAUCAAGGCAUGAGAAAAUUGUGAAGAAGGCUGUGUCAGAAAUAAUAAAAAAAUUAGCUGAGACGCAUAAUCCAGAGAUACCAAAGUGCCUUACAUCUGUCGGCAAGGAGAUGUAUCUUAUGAUAGUAGAUCAUCUAGCAAGCAGUGGUAAAUGGAGACAGUUAGAUAUGGUUGUUAGGAAGUAUAGACAGAUACAUGGCUCAGACCAGCUUAAAGGUUUUGCAUCGGAUCUAACAGUGGUGCCUGUUAUCAGAGAAACAUCACUGAAAGCAGCGGAGGAUCUCAAACUUCAGAUUGUAACAAAUAUUCUAAACAGUGGAGGAUCUUUAGGAAGUGACAAUGGACAGAUGGCAGUGAAAUGUGCAGUUGGUGAGGAGCAUUUCAAAGUACUGACAGAGUUGGUGAAGAGAGGUGCUGACACUAGGAAUUUGUCAGUGUACGAGGGUGACACACCCAUACAUGCUGCCAUGACGAUCGUUUUGGAGAAAGAAAAAUCACCUGUGAUACUUGAACUUUUACUGAACCAAUUUGAAAAUUCACCAGACACUCAUUCUCAUCUGGACCCAGAGCAGUGGGAUAAAAAUGGAGACUGUUUAUUUCAUUUGAUUGCGAAAGCCAAGUUUAGCUCAUAUGUUCUUAAACUGACCGAAAUGCUAUGUAAAAGAAAUGUGUGCGCUAAUUAUAACAACAAAGAUGGUAAACUACCAACAGACUACAUAACUAAAAAGAAUGACCGAAGAAUGCAAUUUCUCCGAUUAGCAAGAACAGUUCAGCCUUCAAGGGAACAAAUCUAUGGUCCCAAACAUCGUAAAAAGGAAAGUAGUUCCAUGAAGAUUGAGAUAGAUGAUGAGUUACAUCAGUUGCCAAGACCUGCGGAUAGCGAGACAAACCAGGCACCUGUCACAGAGGUUGUGAAAACAGUUAAAAAUACUUUAAGAGAGAAGAGGAAAAGAAACAUUGAAGAAUUGAUAAGACUUCUUCCUGAUAGCAAACAUUCAAUAUUUAAAGUGGAACAUUCCCCAAGUAAGAGAACUGCAAUAGAGAGGGUUAACAGAGAGACUGACGGUACAGUUGUGGAUAUAGAAGCUGAUACGGAUAAUUACAAGAGAGAAAGCAUUGUUUAUUCUGGGACAGAGGGUUUAAUGGAUAACAAAAAUGACCUUGUUGAUGUGCAGGAUGAAAGAAAAAAUGUGGUUGCAGAGUCUGAUAAAGAAAGAAAGAAGGAAAAUAUCAGAGGAGAUGCUGAAAAUAGACCUAAGCAGCCAGUUUUACUUGAAGUAGAUCAGGACAAUAAAAUAGGGAAAACUAUGGAAGAUCUGUCGAGUGGUGUAGAAACAAUUGGACGGAAAAUUGGGAAUGUUGUAAAAAGAACUUUAGAAGAUGUUGCUGCCAGUUUUAAGCCUAAACCAAAAGAGGAAGAUGUCAGUUUGAGCAAUUCAUUAUCUGACACAGGAGAGGGAAAUGGUACUAAUGUGGAUAUGAAAGUUGAAAGUGAUUCAGGACCACCAUCACUGGAGAAAGAUCAAGAAAUACAGACUGCAAUUAACACCUCUGAAAACAUGGAUGAAAGUAUAGAUGAGUUUGUAGAUGCCCCAGAACCUUCAAGUGAAGAUGAAAUUGGAGAAACAGCUAUGAAUAAGGAAGAUUUAGGACACAAAAACAACACACUUGCUGAAGACCAUAUAUUGGAAAACAUAACAGAUGAAGCUAAUAAAUUCCUUGAAGAAAAGCCGGAAGACAGAAUUCUGGAAACAGAAGAACACAAAAUGAAAGAAAAUUUGGAACCAUUAGGUGAAGGAGAUAUCAGACCAGUUGGUAUGGAACAAAAUCAAGAAGUUGAAGAACAGGUCGAAGAAAUUGAAGUUGAAGAAAGUGGUGAUGAAGAUACAGAUGAUGAGGAGGAAGAUUUUGAAAUAGAUGUACAGGUGUUUGAUAAUCUGGAGUGGGAAGUGGAGUGUACAGCAGAGGUAUGGAAGACGUUGCGGGACAAACAUGUUAUACCCGAGCUCAAACGCCGAAUUGUGAGGAAAAUACAGCUCUUGGCAAGUGGAGACUGGCAACCUCACCUCUGCAAGAAACUGAAAAAUGUUCCUCAAGCUCUGAAUUUGUUUGAAGCAAAAUUCACAAAGGGCAGCAGAAUCAUAUGGGAGUUGGCUGUAGCAUUUUCUCCCAGGUGUAGUGAGACUGCAGAGCGCCGCCUACAGGCAACUUCAGGAGAGAUCACGCAAGCUGUUAGAGGUGGAAGAAUCUAUUCUGAGAUCAUCAGAGUCUGGGAAAUAGUGCUGGACCAUGAUAAAAUACACAGAAGUGUUCAGAGGAUCAAAAAGUCUCAUCAGAGAGGAGAGACAUGCAUCAUACAGAAGAAGUUACGUGGUAUGAAGGGAGACAAUCCCCAGCUAGCACAGGGGAUGGGGAAGAGGUACCCGAUGUUGUACGCAGAGGAGGACAUUCCAGAUGAAGAGCUUGAACAGCAUCACCAGGAGAUGCAGCGAUUUUUCCCACCAGCCAGUUCAAAUGACACUGAAUACCAUAUCCUGAAGUUUUACUCAUUCUCAUCCACACUCGUGAGCCAUGUACUGCAGAACAUCGAGACUAAAGUCGACUUCCCGUUCCGAGUGACAGAUCUAGAACAUGCCAUCAUCAACCUGAGGUCAAAGGCACCAAUACUUCUACUGGGCCGUAGUGGAACUGGCAAGACAACAUGUUGUCUGUAUCGUCUAUGGAGCCAAUUCCAUUCCUACUGGAACAAGGCAAAAGCUGCGGAUGCUCCUCUGUUACCCCGAUGUAUAGAAUUUAUCCAUGAAGAAGCAGAGGAGACGAGUACUGAUGAGGAGUCAGAUAAUUCUGAUGAUGAGGCUAGUGAUGACAACAGUGCUGAUGAAGCUAAUGCUGCAGCUGCUGAAGGAGCCUCAGGAUGUUGUUGUUCAGGUCAGGAACCAGCAGAAGAAAAUAUGAUUGGGGAGCAGUAUGAUCAUAUACAUCAACUCUUCAUCACCAAAAAUGCCGUCCUCUCCAGUGAAGUACAGAAGAACUUCAGAGAGUUAAGUCACGCUGAUGAAUUGAUGAGAGAGCAUGUUCAGCACGAGGAAGAAGUGUUGCCAUGCCGGCUGCAGGAUGUACAAGACUAUUCUUUUCCAUUGUUUCUAACCUCUAGACAGUUGUUGCUUAUGCUAGAUGCAUCCAUUGGACCACCAUACUUUUUUGAAAGGAAAGAGGAUUGGUCCUUGAAGGUUGAUAUAGCAGGAUGGACUGACCUGGAUGGACCCCUAAGUUUUCUCCCUUUACUAGAUGAAGAUUCAGAUGCAGAGGAAGAAAUAGAACAGUAUGAGGAAGAUGAUGAUGACGAUGGUGCUGGGGAUGCUGGAAUUAACACUGGUGGCAAAAAACUUAAGCUUGAUCCAAGAAGGGAGAUAACUUACAGUGUAUUUGUGGAGGAGAUCUGGCCACGGAUCAGGAAGAAGUUGGGCAGUAAUUACCACCCCUCACUCAUGUGGAUGGAGAUAAUGUCAUUCAUAAAGGGAUCAUAUGAAGCGCUGUCUAAACCCUGCGGCUACCUGAAAAAAGAGGAGUACAUUAAACUUGGUAGGAAGCGUGCCCCAAAUUUCUCAGGAGAGAGAGACUCCGUAUACUCGUUCUUUGUGAGAUAUGAGCACUUUAAGAAACAGAAUUCCCUGUUUGAUGAAACUGACUUGGUCCAUGAUGCUUUUCGUCGUCUGAGGCAUUUAGGAUCGAGGCCUUGGGCUAUACACCAGAUAUAUGUAGACGAGACGCAGGACUUCACACAAGCUGAGCUGUGCUUGCUAAUACGACUUUGUCAGAAUCCAAAUGAUAUGUUCCUUACAGGGGACACAGCACAGAGUAUAAUGAGGGGUAUAUCAUUCCGGUUCAGUGAUCUCAGGUCUCUUUUCUACCAUGCUAAACAAUCCAUGCAGGCCAUGGGUAAAACUUCAGCUGUAGAAGUUCCAAAACAGGUUUAUCAACUCACCCACAACUACAGAUCUCAUGCAGGGAUUCUCUCCCUUGCUACAAGUGUACUGGAACUGAUGGUGGAGUUCUUCCCAGAGUCAUUUGAUCGUAUGAAUCCUGAUCAGGGAUUGUUUCAUGGUCCGCAGCCUAUCUUGCUUGAAUCAUGUAGUUUUGGUGAUCUAGCUGUUUUAUUGCGUGGAAACAGAAGGAAAACAUCACACAUCGAAUUUGGAGCUCAUCAAGCUAUACUUGUUGUAAAUGAUGCAGCUAGGGACACCAUACCGGAGGAAUUGAGACUUGGACUUGUUCUAACUAUCUAUGAAGCAAAAGGUCUGGAAUUUGAUGAUGUUCUUCUCUACAAUUUCUUCAAGGACUCACAGGCAGGGAAGGAAUGGCGAGUAGUGACAGAUUUCUUGGAGCGACUGGCAGAUCAUCAGAAAGAUGGAGGGGAGAAGCAGCAUGAAAGCUUGGUGCAGAUUGAUCAUAACAUCCUGGCAGCUUGCGUGCGACCAAGACCGCUCAACUUUGACCCCAACUUACACAGAGUUCUCAAUUCUGAGCUAAAACACUUGUAUACAGCAUUGACAAGGGCUAGAGUGAAUGUUUGGAUCUUUGACGAGGACAUGGAAAAGCGGGCUCCAAUGUUCGAGUAUUUUAAGGCUCGCAUGUUAGUUAAGUGUAUGCAUGUGGAGGAGAUCAAUGAAACAAGUCUGUCGGAGACAGUUUUUGCUGAGAAAUCUAGCCAAGCUGACUGGAUACGACGUGGUGAUGACUUUAUGAGACACUCGUUGUAUGGAGUUGCAGCCAAAUGUUUUGGUAUGGGUGGAGAUCAUGAACGAGAGAAGAUAGCUCUAGCACAUGGACAGGCACUUACUGCUUCACGAUUAAAAGACAAUCCACGUGAGAUGCGGGAGGAGUUCCUGUAUGCAGCAGAAUUGUACAUGGAGUGUGAUAGACCUACUAAGGCUGCUAUAUGCUUGCAGAAUGCCAAGGAAAGAGACCUUGCAGCAGGCUUGUUUGAGAAACUGGGACAGUACGAGAGAGCGGCAGAGAUAUACCGGAAGUUAAAGCGACCAGCGUCUAGCAGUAGAUGUUACGAACAGCUGGGAAACUACAACAAAGCUGUUGAGGUCCUGUAUGAAAGUGAAAACUUUGACUUAGCAAUUGAUACACUGAGGAGAUAUCACAUGAUUAUGAAGGAAUUACACCAGAAAAGAAGUCCCAUACCAGCUCAGCUAGUAGCUAACAAACCCGAGGCUUUCUACACAGAGGAGAAACUUAGUCAUAGGGCAGCAGAGCUAUUCCACAAAUAUAAAAAUGUAGAGAAAAUGUUAGAUGCUGUUGACAGAUUCCAGAAUAUCAAUGACAAGGUGGAGUUUCUGAAAAACAAGAAUUAUAUUCCAGAAGCUGCAAAAAUACUUGAAGAAGAUGGUAAAUUAGAGGCUGCAGCCAACCUGCUCCUGAUGUAUGGUCUCUUGGACGAAGCAACCGUUAUGGCAAAGAAAACCUUAAAGGAGGAAGUGAUAGCACACUGCCUGCUUGUGAGUUGCAGAGUGAUGCUGUCAAAGAAAGACAAGAUUGAAAUUCACAAAAGUUCUUUAGAGCAAAAUCUGAAAGAGGCAUUUCAUCUGUUUCAAUCUUGUGGUGAUAACGAUAAGUAUGGCCAAGUAACACUUUUGCAGGCAGAGCUUUCAGGAAAUGUUGAUAGCAUUAAAUUUGGAUGGAAGGCAUUUUCUUCGUCUAAACCAUUUUCAAACGAGGCUGGAUUGGUUGAAUGUGUUGACUGGCUUAUCAGAAAAGAAGAUCUAGGGAGUUUACAAACACUUCAAACAGCUGUACGUGGGAUAGAACACAUAUUCAGCUUGUGUCAAGCUUUGUUGGACCCCAACACACAGACCAACAUGGAGCGAGUGCAGAAAUACGAUCAGUUCUAUGGACUUGGACCAUUAACCCAAGACAAAGUUGUUAUUCAUACCAAAGAGAAGCCCAUUUGUAUGAGAAUGAUUCAGGAAAUUCUCAAAAGCAAGUCUGAGACAAAGAAGAAGGCUUUAGAAGUAUAUAAGACAGACGUUCAUGAAGCCAUUGUAGUUUAUCUGCUAAACAGAGCGAAAGGUUGGCUUAAACCAAUGAACGAUGCUUUAAAUAAAAUGCGAGAUGUAACUAGAGUCUGUGAUUACUUCCAGGCAGGAUUAGACUGUCCGUUUAUGGGUGAUGUGGAUAAGCAGUGUAGGCUGCUCCAUUCGGUGCACACAAGAACAAGCUUCCAGCAGCUUAUUCAAUUAGAUUUGUUGUUGAUAGAGUUUGAAGGUAACAUUCAAGAGGGCGCAUCAAAGGUAAAAAGAAGGUGUCCAGCUGGAAUCAGGCAUGUUCUUGAUGAUUACCUUUUGACAGAGAAUGCUGACCCAAAUAUAAAAUACCAGGCGUGUGUGCAGCUCUGGAAUGACUUGAUGCCAGCUUCUGGUCAUUCUUUGUAUGUGGGCAAUGAAAGCAGGUCUUUGUUACAGUACAUCAGGAGAGAUAAGGUUGUUGUUCACUUUAAACGAUUUCUUUUGGAAAAGUGGAAGAUGUUCACUGCUGGGGAGAAAAAGUUGAGGUCAGAUGCAGCGAGAGAGACAGAGGUGUACUUGCUGUUCGAGUUUGGAUACCAUUUGUUUGGCCUUGAUACAGGAAAGAGGAAGUUAGAGCGUUCGCCUGAAGAGGAGAUGACAAAACUGGAGCGUAUUUUUGAUGCUGAGGUUGCUGCUAAACCAAACAUUGUGCGCAGUCAGAGAUAUUAUACCCUGAUGAUGUCUAGAGACAAAAUAUAUGUCACCUGUGUUGCCCGUAGAUUUACCGAUGCAUUUUCGCUUAUUUCUAAAAGUGGAGGCGACCCAUUUGAAGCCAUGAUGAAAUUCAGUAAAUUUCAAAUCCAGCUCAGUCAGAGGAAUACCACAGACUACAAUUUCUACCCAGACCUUAAGACCUAUCUGAUGUGGCUAGAAUUCUAUACCUGUAUCGCCAUUUUUCUCAUUUCAAAAUUAAAAACAAAGAACUUUCCAGACUUCGUAUUUAUCUUGCCGAGCAAUUAUUUUGCUUUGAUCCAGUUUAUACAGUCUACAUUUCCAAGUUCUGGGUAUUCAGUUCUUGAAUUGGUGAGCUGGUGGAUGCCAGCUUACCACAAGCAGGUGCAAACAGAAAGUCUUAUCUACGAACGGCUAAAAGGAUUCUCGUUUGUAGUAUCUGGACAUGCACAAGAAAUUCGUAUUUUGGACAAGCUGCUACAGAACUGUAAAGAGGAUCCUUGUAACUAUGCCAUGCUCGAGAGACUACUUAUACUGAAUAUGACAAUGGUAUGUAAUAUUGGAAAAGCUGUACCUCAUGAGAGUGAGUUCAGUCUGAUGUCAUCAAUGAGCCACAUCACUUUACCUGAAAAGUCGUCAGAAAGAAUUGAACACGUUCUGGCAUCUGUCAAAACUUGUAAAGGCAUCUCAGAUGUAGCCAAUACAUUGUGCCGUUUGUUGUCAAAACGUGACCAAAAGGAAGAAUUAUUUAUCUGCAAAUGGAAGAUGGGAAAGAAACCAACAUUAGAAAAGGCUGUUCUUCAGAAUUUUAGUCUUUUUGAAGAUACCUUCGUGAGUGAAAAUACACUUCCUGCCAUGCAUGCAGCCAGAGUGUAUAAGGAAGAAGUAACGCCCUUGGAGUCGCAAGUUGAAGCAGAUCUUGAUGAAGAAGAGAUUGAGAGGGGCAGAAGAGAGAAAGAGGCACAGAUGAAAAAGGAAAGGACAAAUAAGGCAGUUCUUUACGUACAAAGAAUGUUCCGUGCUAAACAAGAAUUGAGGAGCCUAAGGAAGGCAAACUUGAACAAAAAUGAAUCCAGUAGUUCACUAGGCUCUUUGUUGGAAGGCAUAAAGGUAGAUGACAAUAUGUGUGGUGUUUGUGGUGUUUUCUUCUUUGAAAAACUUGAAGCUAGGUUAGAACUUGAAAAAUCAGUUUUUGUUGGUGGAAAAUCUGUACUGAAUGAAAUGCAGUGGGGAGCACAACAGGGGCCUAAGCAAGAAACACAAGAUGGUAAUCAGAGCACAUGGGGAUCUUCACAAGAUAAUCAGUUUCAGUCACAAGAACUCAGAAAACUGCAGCUGAAAAAUAUAAGAACACAGCAUUUGCAAGAAAGUGGACACAUUCAAAAGUGUAUGGAAUUGAAUGCUUUCAAAACUAACUAUAAGGUACACAUUGCACCAAAGCUCAUAAAAAUGAAUGAAUUCCUAUACGAGUCGGCAUAUGGCUUGAUUGAUCAAGAUUACGUAGCCAGGAAUUAUGCCCGAGAGCAAAUGGCAAUUGAAAGAAUGAAGAAUAAAAGCAAACUGAUUGAGAAAGAGGUGCAGUUAUUGAUGAUAAGCCGCAUGUGGUCGAUAACAGCAGGGCUUAUUGAACAGAAAAUGAAGGAGUUAGAGACAGACUUUGCUAACGUGAGGCCAUACGUUGAAGAAACAUAUGUUAAGCUGAAGAAGGAAGAAGAGGAGCGGCGGAUAAGACAAGUUGCUGCAUCGUCGAGUGCGAUGUCACAACAAGGAGAGAAUUGGGAAGAUGAAUUAGACGACAUAGAGGAGGUUGUCGAUGCACCAGUACCAAGGCAUACUCGUGAGUUUAGGAAUACCAAACAUUACAGAGGCAGGAGGAAGCCAUAUCAUUAGAUUGAAAGGAAUACUUUGUUUUUGUGACGGAACUGUGAUUUAGUGUAUAAGAAAAACAGUUUAUUUGUUAACAAUUUGGUUUAUAAAGUUUGUGGAACAGUACAGUCCUGAAAUCGGCGUUUAUCAGUUUGAUUAUCGGGUGCCAUCUGUCUGUAUUAAAGCUUACUAUAGGUUCUGAAAAUGCGACCGGAUGCUUACUCUUAAAGGAUGAACUUUGAUCUCAUGAUUUGUGCCACUUUUCGUGAUAAAAGGUUGCCUAUAAACAUGUACCACUUUCAUUUGUCAUGGAUUUCAACCAAACUAACCGUAAGACAAUGGUUCUCUAUUGGUCCUGAUGUUUACAUUGACUCGGGAAAUAUUAAGAACAUCCACUUUUCUUAAGUUUAGCUUUUAUGUAAUGCAAGAAAGGUUAUACACGUUAUAAUGUUAUUAAGUUAUAUGUCUAAAGGAUAAGUGAUAAUUUGAUAGAAAAUCUAAUCGUAAGUAUUAUAAAAAAAGUGUUAAUGUUUCAUAUUUUGAAUUUAUAUAGGGUUAUUCUCAGAAUUACAUUGAAGCAUUAUUGAUACACCAGUUUCAGCUAAUCUGAAAUUGUUCUUGAAAAUCAGUGUGGUAUUGUCAGUUGAUCGUCGACAUUGGUAUUAAGUUCUUUUGGGUCUUUAAACUACCUUUAGCUUGAAUAAUCGUGCAUUAAAUUAUAAUUAUGAGUGAGCAGAGAUUUUAUCAGCAUUAUGAUCCUUUUUGUACUUUUGGAAUUUGUAUUUUCUUAGUAAAAAAAUGUGUUUAGGUCCACAUUCUUAACACUUUUGAAAGAUUUAGCCUUAUAUCAUUAAUACUAUAACACUGUCAAGCAUAUUGCAUAUUGUCAAAGAACGGGACCAGUAGACAGUGCUGUUUAGUGGUUAAACAUCUUUAUACUCACUGUUAUACCAUUUUAGUUUCUGUUUUUAUGUCCCCCACCCCCCAUACACACACACACUCCUAGGGCAGACAUUGUUUUUGCCCUGUCCGUCCAUCGCACUUCAUUUCCGACCAAUAACUGGAGAACCAUUUGACCUAGAACUUUCAGACUUCAUAGGUUGGCAGGGCUUAUUGAGCAGACAACCCCUAUUGUUUUUGGGGUCACUCCAUCAAAGGUCAAGGUCACAGGGGCCUGAACGAGGAAAACCGUUUCCUAUCAAUAACUUGAGAACCACUAGAGCCGGAAUGUUGAAACUUCAUAGGAUGAUUGGACAUGCAGAGAAGAUGACCAGUAUUGAUUUUGGGGUCACUAUUAAAGGUCAAGGCCACAGGGGCCUGAACAUGGAAAACCAUUUCCUAGCAAUAAAUUAAGAACCACUUGGCCCAGAAUGUUGAAACUUCAUAGGAUGAUUGGAUAUGCAGAGUAGAUGACCCCUAUUGAUUUUUGGAUCACUUGAUCAAAGUCCAAGGUCACAGGGACCAGAACAUUGAAAACGCUUUCCGAUCAAUAACUAGUGAACCAUUUGACCCAGAACCUUAUUGUUUUUGGGGUCACUUUCAUUUAGGUCAAGUCACAGGGGUCUGAACAUGGAAAACGGUUUCUAGUCAAUAACUUGAGAACCACUUGACCCAGAAUGUUGAAACUUAAUAGGAUGAUUGGACAUGCAGAGUAGAUGAAUCCUAUUGAUUUUAGGGUCUCUUGAUCAAAGGUCAAGAUCACAGGGGCCUGAACAUAGAAAAUGGUUUUCGAUCAAUAACUUGAAAACCACUUGACCCAGAAUGUUAAAUCUUCGUAGGAUGAUUGGACAUGCCUAUUGCAGUCAGCCAUUCGACUGUCUCUUUUUACUUUCGCUCCUGUCUCCUAUUGACACUAUGCAUUGGGGGAGACAUGUGCUUUUCUACAAAAGCAUCUUCUAGUUUUGAAUUAUUUUAGUGCUUAUUCUCUGUUAUAAAUGCAUCUAGUCUUAUAUCUGUUACAGCCAUAUAAUAUUAUUAGAUCACUUAUGCCAUAUGUUAAGGGUGAUAUACUGGUAUAGAUGGUUUCUGCAUCGAGCAUCUUCUUCACAAGUGUCAAUAUGGUUCCAUUUGAUUUCAAAUGACAACAGUAAAAACAAUUUUAAACGCCCUCUAGUGAUUUAUAUGAUAAAUUUUCACCAACGUUUGUCUUUAGUAUUCCUGCAUGUACUUCACUUGCUAGUUUUAAAAUGACUUUAUAGAUAGCAAAACAUCAUGAGCAACAUAAUGGAGUUUCCCUAUUGCUACAGCUAAAAGACAACAAUUGAACCACUUGUGUUAAGUUUGGGCUAUCCAUGACCCUCUAAAAUAAUACUGUCUCAAAUAUUUAUUGUACCAGCAUCAAAUAUUCAUUGGGCGGGGGCAGUUCACAUACCAGGUCCCAUAGAUCUAACUUCUUUUCUGACAUUAUUAGAAAUUCUCAAAAAAAAAAAAAAACCCGACAUUUUCUUAAAUGUUUCUGAAACUUGUCCGCACAAAACUUUUGAUCAUUAUUUUAGUUUAUACAUCAAGUUGGAUAACUGCAUUUUAAUUUAACAACGUUACAUUAUUACCCUUUUGUACUUUAAACUUCUUCGAAAUUCUGGGAAGGUAUUUGCGCUGAUCAUCAAAACAGGUUGUAAGACAAGUUCAUCAACAGUUUAUAAUUUAACGGUUUCUUUUUACUAUUUGCGCUUGGAAAAUGUCUUAAAAGCACAAUUUCCUUCAAUAAAACCUUCGCAGGAAUUGAUUUAAAACAACCCAAACCUGGGAUCUUAAUGCAGGUAUAGAGAUGAAGUAAAGUUUUUUAUUAGCUCACCUGUCACAAAGUGACAAGGUGAGCUUUUGUGAUCGCGCAGCGUCCGUCGUCUGUCCGUCAGUCCGUGCGUCCGUGCGUAAACUUUUGCUUGUGACCACUCUAGAGGUCACAUUUUUCAUGGGGUCUUUAUGAAAAUUGGUCAGAAUGUUCUCCUUGAUAAUAUCUAGGUCAACUUCGAAACUGGGUCACGUGCGGUCAAAAACUAGGUCAGUAGGUCUAAAAAUAGAAAAACCUUGUGACCUCUCUAGAGGCCAUAUAUUUCACAAGAUCUUCAUGAAAAUUGGUCAGAAUGUUCAUCUUGAUGAUAUCUAGGUCAAGUUCGAAACUGGGUUACGUACCAUCAGAAACUAGGUCAGUAGGUCAAAUAAUAGAAAAACCUUGUGACCACUCUAAAGGUCAAAUUUUUCAUGGGGUCUUUAUGAAAAUUUGUCAGAAUGUUCAUCUUGAUGAUAUCUAGGUCAAGUUAGAAACUGGGUCACGUGCGGUCAAAAACUAGGUCAGUAGGUCUAAAAAUAGAGAAACCUUGUGACCUCUCUAGAGGCCAUAUAUUUCAAAAGAUCUUCAUGAAAAUUGGUCAGAAUGUUCAUCUUGAUGAUAUCUAGGUCAAGUUCGAAACUGGGUCACGUGCCUUCAAAAACUAGGUCAGUAGGUCUAAAAAUAGAAAAACCUUGUGACCUCUCUAGAGACCAUAUAUUUCACAAGAUCUUCAUGAAAAUUGGUCAGAAUGUUCAUCUUGAUAAUAUCUAGGUCAAGUUUGAAACUGGGUCACGUGCCUUCAAAAACUAGGUCAGUAGGUCAAAUAAUAGAAAAACCUUGUGACCACUCUAGAGGUCAUAUUUUUCAUGGGGUCUUUAUGAAAAUUUGUCAGAAUGUUCAUCUUGAUGAUAUCUAGGUCAGGUUCGAAACUGAGUCACGUGCGGUCAAAAACUAGGUCAGUAGGUCUUAAACUAGAAAAACCUUGUGACCUCUCUAGAGACCAUAUAUUUCACAAGAUCUUCAUGAAAAUUGGUCAGAAUGUUCAUCUUGAUGAUAUCUAGGUCAAGUUUGAAACUGGGUCACGUGCCUUCAAAAACUAGGUCAGUAGGUCAAAUAAUAGAAAAACCUUGUGACCUCUCUAGAGGCCAUAUUUUUCAUGGGAUCUGUAUGAAAGUUUGUCUGAAUGUUCAUCUUGAUGAUAUCUAGGUCAAGUUCGAAACUGGGUCAUGUGCGGUCAAAAACUAGGUCAGUAGGUCUAAAAAUAGAAAAACCUUGUGACCUCUCUAGAGGCCAUACUUGUGAAUGGAUCUUCAUGAAAAUUAGUCAGAAUGUUCAUCAUGGUGAUAUCUAGGUCAAGUUCGAAACUGGGUCACAUGCCUUCAAAAAGUAGGUCAGUAGGUCAAAUAAUGAAAAAACCUUGGGACCUCUCUAGAGGCCAUAUUUUUCAUGGGAUGUAUAUGAAAGUUGGUCUGACUGUUUAUCUUGAUGAUAUAUAGGUCAAAUUUGAAACUGGGUCAGCUGAGAUCAAAAACUAGGUCAGUAGGUCUUAAAGUAGAAAAACCUUGUGACCUCUCUAGAGGCCAUACCCUUGAAUGGAUCUUCAUGAAAAUUGGUCAGAAUGUUCAUCUUGCUGAUAUCUAGGUCAAGUUUGAAACUGAGUCAUGUGCCUUCAAAAACUAGGUCAGUAGGUCAAAUAAAAUAAAAACCUUGUGACCUCUCCAGAGGCCAUACUUUUCAUGGGAUCUGUAUGAAAGUUGGUCUGAAUGUUCAUCUUGAUGAUAUCUAGUCAAGUUUGAAACUGGGUCACGUGCGGUCAAAAACUAGGUCAAUAGGUCUAAAAUUAGAAAAAUCUUUUGACCUCUCUAGAGGCCAUAUUUUUCAAUAGAUCUUCAUGAAAAUUGGUCUGAAUGUUCACCUUGAUGGUAUCUAGGUCAGUUUCGAAACUGGGUCACAUGCGGUCAAAAACUAUGCCAGUAAAAAUAGAAAAACCUUGUGACCUCUCUAGAGGCCAUAUUUUCAUGAGAUCUUCAUGGAAAUUAGUGAGAAUGUUCACCUUGAUGAUAUCUAGGUCAAGUUCAAAAACAGGGUCACGUACUGUUGAAAACGAGGUCAAUAGGUCAAAUAAUAGAAAAACCUUGUGACCUCUGUAGAGGCCAUAUUUUUCAAUGGAUCUUCAUGAAAAUUGGUCAGAAUUUUUAUCUUGAUGAUAUCUAGAUCAGAUUCAAAACUGGAUCACAUGAGCUCAAAAACUAGGUCACUAUGUCAAAUAAUAGAAAAAAGUACGUCAUACUCAAAACUGGGUCAUGUGGGAACAGGUGAGUGAUUCAGGACCAUCAUGGUCCUCUUGUUUUUUAACAAAAUUCUUUACUAUUUUGGAUUUGAAAAAAAAGUUGUUUUCCUUAUAAAGCUAUGAAAGCAGUGAAAGCAUUUUGAUGGAACUUAUCAUUAUUAGUCCCCUGCUGGUUGAAAACCAGUUUUCUGGAGUAGGAUUGUGCUUUUCUGUCCGUAAACAAUUCCGUCCGUACGCAAGUUUGUGUCCAGUCCAUAAAAACCCUGACAUUGUUUCAAAUCGCCACUACUAACUUCUUGUGAUCCGCGGUCUAGAACUCUGAUGCCAAUAUAUCUUAAAUUUUGUCUCCUUUUUAGCUUGACUAUUCGAAGAAUAGGGGAGCUAUCCUACUCGCCCCGGCGUGAGCAUGAGCGUCACACAAAUGUUAAAGUUUGCGUACCACCCCAAAUAUUUUCAAAGUCCAUUGAGAUAUUGCUUUGAUAUUUUGCAUACUUGUUUACCAUCAUGACCCCAGUCUGUAAAAAGGAGGAGGCAACUCUAUCAAGCAUUUUGACUGAAUUAUGGCCCCUUUCCGACUUAGAAUAUGCUUAUUGUAAUGUUAAAGUUUGCGUACAACCCCAAAUAUUUUCAAAGUCCAUUGAUAUAUUGCUUUUAUAUUUUGCAUACUUGUUUACCAUCAUGACCUAGUCUGUAAAAAAGAGGAGGCAACUCUGUCAAGCAUUUUGGCUGAAUUAUUGCUCCUUUUCGACUUAGAAUAUGCUUAUUGUAAUGUUAAAGUUUUACUCAUGGCUUAUAUUAUACUAUCAAGCACUGAGAAUAGUCGAGCGCGCUGUCAAGUGACAGCUCUUGUUACUUACAAUUUUAGGUUAAACCCUAGAUGCAUUUUUACUCUGUCUCUGUUACUACUAAAUGUGUUUGAAUUAAAAUAGUUAUUCAACAUCAUAUUACACAAGGCCCAUAAAUCUGUCACACUCCUUAGAAUUUCAGCUUAAUUUUGAUGCACUUUCAUUUUAUCCAUGUUGUUACUAAAUGGAUUUGAUUCAGAUGUAAAAUACUUGUUUCACAUCAUCACCAACAUCAUAUGACACAAGAUACAUUUUCGCUCUCUCUGUGUUACUACCCAGCUUACUGAGAUAUGAUUCAAACAUUUGUCCAAUGUCACCCUCCACAUCGGGAUCAUUAAUCACUCCAUUUAUAGCUCUAGUCUGAUCCGGUUUCACUUUCAUAGAGCUUGAGGAAUUGUUUUCAAAAGAAAGCUUAUAUACAGCAUUGUUUUAUAUAAGUAAAUGACUAAGGCCCAUUUGUUUUUUGAAGUAAAAGUUCAUCUUUACAUGUUUUUUUUUUCUUUUUAAAUGUUUUUAGCUCACCUGUCACAUAGUGACAAGGUGAGCUUUUGUGAUCGUCCGUCCGUCCGUCCGUGCGUCAACAAUUUCUUGUCUGCACGAUAGUGGUUUCAUUUAUGAUUUGAUUUUAACCAAACUUGCACACAACGUGUAUCACCAUAAGAUCUCGAUUCCUUUCUUGAACUGGUCAGAUCCCAUUACAGGUUCCAGAGUUAUGGCCCCUGAAAGGGCCAAAAUUAGAUGUUUUGACCUUGUCUGCACAAUAGCAGCUUUAUUUAUAAUUUGAUUUUUACCAAACAAGCAUACAACUUGUAUCACCAUAAGAUCUUUGCUCCUUUCUUGAACUGGCCAGAUCCUAUUAUGGGUACCAGAGUUAUGGCUCCUGAAAGGGCCAGAAUUAGCUAUUUUGACCUUGUCUGCACAAUAGCAGCUUCAUUUAUGAUUUAAUUUUAACCAAACUUGCACACAACUUGUAUCACCAUAAUGAUCUUGGUUCCUUUCUUGAGCUGGCUAGAUUCCAUUAUGGGUUCCAGAGUGAUGGCCCCUGAAAGGGCCAGAUUAGCUAUUUUGACCUUGUCUACACAAUAACAGCUUCAUUUAUGAUUUGAAUUUAAUUAAACUUGCACAAAACUUGUGUCACCAUAAGAUCUAGAUUCCUUUCUUGAACUGGCCAGAUCCCGUAAUGGAUACCAGAGUUAUGGCCCCUGAAAGGGCCAAAAUUAGCUGUUUUGACCUUGUCUGCACAAUAGCAGCUUCAUUUAUGAUUUGAUUUUAACCAAACUUGCACAAAACUUAUAUCACCACAAGAUCUUGGUUCCUUUCUUGAACUGGCAAGAUUUCUUCAUGGGUUCCAGAGUUAUGGCCCCUUAAAGGUCCAAAAUUGGCUAUUUUGGCUUUUGCGGCCAUAUAGACUUCAUUUAUGGUUUUAUUUGACACAAACUUCCAAAAUAUCUUCAACAACAAUAAAUCUUGGAUUCCACGACAAAUCAGAUCCAUUCGUAGGUUCCAGAGUUAUUUUAUAUCUGAUUACCUCCCCUGAUUGUAAUCAAAAUGGAUUUAUAUCAGUAAGUACUUAUAGGACGUAUUUGAAAUUUUAUUAUUGUCAUUAGUUGGACUGAGUCAAUGAGAGUAGAUAACUAUGGACUGAUUUUAUGUUAAAUUACCUCCCUUUAUUUCAAAUUAAAUGGGUAUAUCUCCGUAACUAAUGAAGAUACUGAUCUGAAAUUUCAUUUAUGUCAACAGAUUUUUGGCAGAUCCUUCUUUUGUUAACUUACAAUCAUUUUUUUUAAUUACUUCCCAUUUACGUUACUAUAAAUAGCUUGCUUUUAGUAGCUUUUUUAUUAUUGGCCGUAGGGAAAAACCGAGACCACUUUUCUGUGGUACAACAUGGAUGGUACCUCCAAUUUUUAGGUGUAUUUUGACAUAUCUGUACCUUGUAAGAUUUUUUUUUCUUUUUGGUUUAAUUUCUUCCCUUUGUUGUUCCUCUCCUUUGGACUUAGAUAUUUUUUCUGAGGACCUUCUUAUCCUCAAGUGCAGUGAUAACAGGUGAGCGAUAUAGGGCCAUCAUGGCCCUCUUGUUUUUUGUUGUGGUUUUUUCUUUUACAUUGUUCGAGGGAUGAUAGAAACAUAAUGGAGCUGGAUCUGUAUGUUUUCAUACUAUGCACAUUUUGUUAGCUCGACUAUACGAAGUAUAAGGAGAGCUGUCCUACUUGCCCCGGCAUCGGCGUCUUUCCGCGUCCCCACUUUGGUUAAAGUUUUGGUGCACUUUCUCUUUUUUCAACUUAUCUCUGUAAUUACUUUAUGGAAUUGAUUCAAACUUGAAAUACUUAUUCCUCAUCAUCAUUUACAUCAUCUGACAUAAGGAUCAUAACUCUGGCACCAAUAUUUCAUGAAUUAUCCCCCACUUUUCACUUAGAUUUUCAGGUUAAAGUUUUGAUGCACUUUCACUCUGUCUCUGUUAUUACUGAAUGGAUUUUAUUCAAACUUAAAAUAGUUGUUCAACAUCAACACCCACAUCAUAUGACACAAGAUGCAUAACUCUGGCACAAUUUUUCAUGAAUUAUUCCCCUUUUUACUUAGAAUUUCAGGUUAAAGUUUUAUGCACUUUCACUCUAUCUCUGUUAUUACUGAAUAGAUCUGAUUCAAACUUAAACAAUUGUUCAGCAUCAUUACCCUUAUCAUAUGACACAAGGUGCAUAACUCUGGGACCAAUUUUUCAUGAAUUAUUUCCCCUUUUUACUUAGAAUUUUAGGUUAAAGUUUUGAUGCACUUUCACUCUGUCUCUGUUAUUACUGAAUGGAUUUUAUUCAAACUUAUAAUAGUUGUUCAACAUCAUCGCCCACACUAUAUGACACAAGCUGCAUAACUCUGGCGCCAAUAUUUAAUGAAUUAUGCCCCUUUUUGCUUAGGAUGUACUUAUAUAGACUCAGGCUAUUGUGCAAUAUCUUCAUCCACAAUUGGAGUCAUCAAACACUCCAGUGACAGCUCUAGUUUCCUCAGAUGUGCCCAGUUUCACUAUCCAGCAUCGAAAUAGUCCAGCGCGCUGUCUCCUGUGACAGCUCUUGUUAUAAAUUCCUGUUUGCCUAUUUUGACUAAAUGAUUCCUUGACAUCUUGGUAAAAACUACUCGGUACUUCUAAAGAGGAGGCUUAAAAGUAAAUAUACAUUUAGUAAAAAGAGAAAUGUUUUGUUCAAAUUCUAAGAUGUUGUAACUUGUAUUUUUUAAAGCAAAAUUCUGUUAAGACAUCUUUCUUUGUUUAAAUUGUUUUAUUGUUUGGUUAUUCAUUACAUUAUUUUCUACAUUGAUUUGUAUUUCAGUUUUGUCAGUAUACGUAUUGUAACCCUGAUCUCAAUUUUCACAAACUUAAUUCUUCAGAAUUUCUAAAAAUAGAAACAAAUCAGCAGUUUUCUUUUCAUAUCGUGUAAUUGUGACUGUUUUACCAGGUUUUCAAAAGAAAAAAAAACAAGUGGUUAUUAGAUAGGCGAAUGUCGUUGUGCGUGCACUCUGCAUCAACUUAUAGUUUUCACUGAGCAACUUGAGUUAGGAUUGACCGAUUGCAAAUUGGUAUAUAGGUAGUUUGCAUAGAGAGGGAGGUUUGGAUUGCGUAUGAGGUCCCUAGUUGCUAAAAAUGAAAACAAAACGGUUAACGUUCAAAAACAUCAGUUUGCAUCGAUAUAUUGAAAUUGAACUUUGCUUAUAUUUAGCUUAGAAAAAAAAACAAGGUAGGGUUUGUAUAUGGGGUUUGUGGGGUCAAGUUCAAGGUCAGCAUAAAAUAAUAAAUCUGCAUACUUAGAAAAGUCUGCCAUGGCACAGUGUGGUCUAGAGCGAUGGUCCAAAGCUACCUUUUGUGCUGUGGAAAUGAUGGGUCUUGGUUUAAAUCGUGACAUAACUUUUGUAAUUUUAAUGCCAUAAGUUCCAGGUCACAGUUAUAAAAAAUAGGGUUUUUAAACUGUGAUCAUUAAAAAGGUGGUUUCCAGGUUAUAACGUUAGUUUGUAAUCUUCUUACUGUCACCAAACUUGGUGUAUAGCAAGCUUAUAUGAAGAGUCAGCUUUGGGGUCACAGUUACUAUAAAUCGGAAUAUGGCUUUCACUCGAUAUCUUUAUUUGGGUACAUCUAUUGUCAGCAAAUUAGGUGUGUUGAUAGCUUAUAACAAACACUAAGGUUGCGAAUGUAUUUGUCACCAAAUGCGAUGUAUAACAAGCUUAUAUCAAGAAUUGGGUUUUGAGUGUAUUUGAAGUAUACCUAUUGUCAGCAAACAUGGUCUUUAGAUCGCUUUUAUCAAACACGGUUUGGAAUGUAUUUGGGGAUCAAUCGCGUCGAUGCCACUGGUACUUAAAAGUAGAAAAUUUUCCACUGAAUAUAUACUUUGCGUCGGUACAGUUGGCUAAAGCUUUCGUCUAGUGUACCUCUUAUAAUGAGAAAUGAACGGGUCAUGGUUUAAAUCCUGGUGUGGUCCUUCACUGCCAUAGGGUCAGGAAUUACAUAUGGCAAUGACACCUCUAUGCUUGGUGUAUCUGUACUUCUGAAUAGCAUGAAUGGAUGCAGUCAGAUAGGUAUUACGGAAAAUGACCCCUUUUUUAACGAGAACUUGUUGGCGUGAUGCAAAGAUUUCAGCGUUUCUUGUUUUUAGCUCACCUGAGCCAAAGGCUCAUAGUGAGCUUUUGUGACCGUUCAAUGUCAGUCGUCCGACGUGCGUCGUCCGUCUGUCAACAUUUUCUAAAAAAAAUCUUCUUAAAAACCACUGGGCAGAAUUACAGCAAACUUCACAGGAAUGAUCCUUAUAUGGCCCCCUUUCAAAAUUGUUCCAAGAAUUGAAUUCCAUGCAGAACUCUGGUUGCCAUGGCAGCCGAAAGGAAAAACUUAAAAAAAAUUCUUGUCCAAAACCGCAGGGCCUAGGGCUUUGAUAUCUGGUGUGUAGCACCAUCUAGUGGUCCUCUACCAAGAUUUUUCAAAUUAUCCCCCAAGGGUCAAAUAUGGCCCCGCCCCGGGGGUCACACGGUUUAUAUAGACUUAAAUAGGGAAAAAAGUUUUAAAAAUCUUCUUGUCUGAAACCACAACACUUAGACCUUUGAUAUUUGGUUUGUAGCACUGUCUUAUGGUUCUUAACCAAAAUUGUUCAAAUUAUACCCCUUGGGUGAAAUGAAGCCCUGCCCUGGGGGUCCCAAGUUUUAUGUAGACUCAUAUAGGAAAAAGCUUUAAAAAUCUUCUUGUCUGAAACCAUACGACAUAGGCUUUUGAUAUUUGGUAUGAUGCAUUGUCUAGUAGUCCUCUACCAAAAUUAUUCAAAUUAUGCCCCUGGGUUAAAAGAGGUCCCGCCCUGGGGUCACUUAGUUAUUAUGUGUGUUAUAUAGGAAAAAUACUUAAAAAAAUCAUCUGAUCCUAUUUCUAAGACUGUUCAAUUACCUGAUGACCCCAAGUAAUAUGAUGUCACUUGACUGUGACCUUGACCUACUGACCUACUUUCUUGUUUUUAGCUCGACUAUUCGAAGAAUAGUCUAGCUAUUCUACUCACCCUGGCGUCGGCGUCGGUGUCGGCGUCACACCUGGGUUAAGUUUUUGCAUGCAAGUACAUACAGCCAUCAAUGAAAGGCAUAUAGCUUUGAAACUUAUUUCUUCUUUUUCUAGGUCAAUUACCAACCUCUCUGGGUCAAGUCCCAUAACUCUGACAUGUAUUUUGAGCAAAUUAUGCCCCCUUUUGGACUUAGAAAAUGUUGGUUAAAGUUUUACAUGCAAGUUACUAUCUCCAAAACUAAUGCAGAUAUUGGUUUGAAACUUCACAUGUGUCUUCGGGGUUAUAAAACUAGUUGAUAGCAGCAAGUCCCAUAACUCCGACUUUCAUUUUGGCCAAAUUAUGCCCCCUUUUGGACUUAGAAAAUUCUGGUUAAAGUUUUGCGUGCAAGUACAUACAACUAUUUCUAAAAGGCAUAUAGAUUUGAAACUUAUUUUUUCUUUUUCUAGAUCAAUUACCAACCUCACUGGGUCAAGACCCAUAACUCUGACAUGUAUUUUGAGCAAAUUAUGCCCCCUUUUAGACUUAGAAAAUUUUGGUUAAAGUUUUACAUGCAAGUUACUAUCUCCAAAACUAAUGCAGAUAUUGAUUUGAAACUUCACAUGUGUCUUCAGGGUUAUAAAACUAGUUGAUAGCAGCAAGUCCCAUAACUCUGACUUUAUUUUGGCCAAAUUAUGCCCCCUUUUGGACUUAGAAAAUUCUGGUUAAAGUUUUGCGUGCAAGUACAUACAACUAUUUCUAAAAGGCAUAUAGAUUUAAAACUUAUUUUUUCUUUUUCUAGAUCAAUUACCAACCUCACUGGGUCAAGUCCCAUAACUCUGACAUGUUUUUUGAGCAAAUUAUGCCCCCUUUUAGACUUAGAAAAUUUUGGUUAAAGUUUUACAUGCAAGUUAUUAUCUCCAAAACUAAUGCAGAUAUUGAUUUGAAACUUCACAUGUGUCUUCGGGGUUAUAAAACUAGUUGAUAGGAUCAAGUCCCAUAACUCUGACCUUCAUUUUGGCCAAAUUAUGCCCCCUUUUGGACUUAGCAAGUUCUGGUUAAAGUUUUGCGUGCAAGUACAUACAGCUAUUACUAAAAGGCAUAUAGAUUUGAAACUCAUUUUUUCUUUUUCUAGAUCAAUUACUUACCUCACUGGAUCAAGGUGAAGAAAUGCGAAGAUCGGUUGUAUUUCUUUUCGAACAUCCAAUGUAUAUUUAGAUUGUUGCAGUAGUUCACAUUUAGUUUGAUUGAUUAACUGCAUGUUUCAGUAGUUAACGAUUCAUCUUCCUCAUUUUUGUCAUUGUCAUCUAGAUUGUUUGAUUCACUGAAAGUGUUUCAGCAGUUUAAAAGUGAAGUUCAUCUUCACUUUGGUUUUUUUUGCCAUUAUUUGUACAUUUACAUUAUUAGAUUCACUGCAGGUAUUGCAGCAGUUUACAAUCAAAAUAAAGUUUAUUUGUUUA